AUGGUGGUAAACAUGUUGAACGAUAGAAGACAAUAUGGGACAAACUUUGCAUUUGAGUAUAAAAUUGACAAUGGUCGUUUGGUAUCAAUGUUUUGGGCCAACGAGUUGACAAGGUUGAACUACGCAGAGUUCGGUGAUUUUAUGUCAUUUGAUGCGACAUAUCGUUUCAACAAGUAUAACAUGGUUUUUGUACCAUUCACCGGUAUUGAUAACCAUAGGAGAUCAGUUGUUUUUGGGUCAGGAUUGAUCACUAAAGAAACUAUCCAAGCAUAUACCUGGUUGUUGGAGUCAUUYUUGAAGGUUCAUGGUCGUCAACCGACCCUUGUUUUGACUGAUCAAGAUGCUUCCAUUAAGGAAGCAAUCCCUGUUGUGUUUCCUGAUGCUAGACAUCGCCUAUGUAUGUGGCAUAUCAUGAAGAAGCUACCUGCMWAGGUAGGUUCUUAUAUCAUUUUGAAUACAAACUUCAGAAAAUGGUUAUUGAAAUUAGUAUGGAGUGUACACCUUGAACCUGAUGAAUUUGAGGUUAAAUGGGCGUCUUUGUUGAAUGAGUUUGACCUUAAUAAUCACCCAUGGCUUGAGGAUGUAUUUGAAAUGCGAACCAGUUGGAUUCCAUCCUACUUUAGGGAGAUACUUUUAUGUUGUUUAAUGAAAACCACCUCUAGAUCUGAGAGCACCAACUCGUUUUUUCGAAAAUUUGGUAAGCAUUCUAAUAUUUUGUUAKAGUUCAUUUUGUCUCAUGAUACUGCGAUAGACAAACAGAGGAAUAGGCAGCGCAAUGAAGAUCAUAAGACGAAUACCACCACACCGACCUUCAAGACAAAUACGUUGAUCGAGUAUCAUGCGGCAAAAGUGUAUACUCGUGCUAUUUUCUUCAAGGUCCAAAAGGAGAUCUUCAAGGGUUAUAGAUGUUGUUCCCAAUGGCAAGUUAAUUCUGAAAUGGGUUUCACAGUUUAUACAAUAAGGGAGAGGAAAAAACAUUGUUCGACUAAGCUUGAAUUUAAGGUUGCUCAAUCGCAUUCAGAUGACUCAAUAUAUUGUGAUUGCCGCCAUUUUGAGUACUACGGAACCUUAUGUCGGCAUGUGUUCACUGUCUUGUUCAACCUUGAUUUCGAUGAAAUUCCGCAACAAUAUAUUCUUAAGCGUUGGAUGAGGGGGGUUAUUCCUGUUGAUGUGUUGCGUAGUCGACAUAUAUCAAUUGGAAGCGAUAGUCGUGUGGACAAAUUAUCGAAUGACGUGUAUCUUGAGGUUGGUCAAUGUUUAAUGAAUUUUAAAAGUGACGAGGAUAAGAUAACUGCCUUUCUUGACAAUAUCCGUUCGUGGAAGUCAAAUAUGCUAAUCGGUGUAUCUGAGAAACUUGAUUUACCAAUAAAGAUGAUGUGA